AUGAAGUCUCUUGGAGCUGCGGUGAUCUUGCUGUGGAUGGGUCUGGGCGUGGUUACUGCAGAAAGCCCUGACAUCCACACGGUGCUGAGAGAGAUGAGCGCCAAGAUAGCAGAGCAGCAGGUGGAGCUCAGACAUAACAAAGAACAACUGCAGGCCAUGGUGGAAGAUCAGGAAGUUGUUAUCAAGGAGCUGACGGAGAAACAGAACGAGCAGGCAUCAGCUGUGGGAGUGGUAGGAGGCCAGGUGGAGGAGCUGAGGAGGGAUAGAGAGGCCAGCAGGGUAUCUUUCUCUGCAGCACUCGGGGAUGGAUACUAUGGACCAUUCGAUGUUGCCACCCCCCUUGUUUUCAAGAAUGUCAUCACCAAUGUCGGAAGUGCCUACAACGUCAACACAGGUGUGUUCACAGCUCCAGUGCGAGGCGUCUACCACUUUGUCCUCUUUGUGUUUGGAGAUGCCCAUGCGUCCAACCCAACAGGGGCCUCACUUCAUCACAACGGCAAACACGUCGUCAUUGCAUACGAUGCCCAGGUGAAUGGCCACCAUGUUAAACCAGCCAAUGGAGCCUCUCUGCUGCUGGAGGUGGGAGAUGUUGUCCAAGUGAAGCUGUGGCCCAAAGGAUGGGUGAGGGAUAAUGCAAAUGGCCACACCACCUUCUCUGGACACCUGCUCUUCACCAUGUGAUGAAGUCUUCAGACAGACACAGGGCUUCAGAAACGUACAAGACAGCUUUCUGGAUAUGGCACAGCAGCUAGCUAAAGUAGUCACUUCCACGUCACUUCCACUUUCAGUGGGUGGAAGGGGCGAUACUGUAGUAUCUAGUAUGACUAAUUAGAUAGUUUAUAGUUAGAUUAUAUACAUCUGCUGGUUAUAUGAACAUGUGGAACACCCAUGAUAUGGUAUGUCACUGAUUCUUGAGAAAGUGGCUAAAACAGGUUGUAAUCUUGAAAGAAAAAAAUGAAGUGAAUUACAAAAUAAUAUGGUAUAUCCUCGUAAACAAAGGUCUUAACUUUUCAGAAAUGCACAAGGCCAAUCUCCCCAUUUUGAUUUUUUUUCAGAAAUCAGGUUUUUCUCCGAUCAUACCUUGUUUUUUGUCAACACCGUCAGACACAAUUAAAAGCAAUAAAAAGUGUAUUGAUUUGGUUGCAUAUGUAUCUGGAGUUUUUAAGUGAUUGUGUGUGUUUUUUGGUUCACACAUACGCCUUUAAAUGUUGAAAAUUCACUUACAUUCUAUUUUAAUACUGCUUCAUGUGUUCUAAUUUAAAAAUAUGUGCUGUCAGACAAUGCUUACUUAAUGCCUAAAUAGAUCAAACAUUUUUUUGUAAUUUCACAUAUAUUCUUGUAGGCUUAAAUUUGCUAUUACUUUGAUAAUUCAACAACUCCAAAGGAAAAUUUUAUAAGUACUUUCAUUUAAAAUGUCCAAAACUCCUUCUUACG